CCCGGAGAAGGGGCGAGUCCCCGGGAAGUGCCCUGCGCUCGAGAGGGACGAACCGGCUUCCCCUGCCCACGGAAGGCUCAGCGCCGGGCUCUCCCCCUUUCCACCUCUGGAGGGAGGAAGGGAGGGAAGGCGGGGAGGGAAAGGUCCCGCGAAGGCGGCAGAAUGGCUGGUCGACGGGGGCUUGGACGCUACUUUUCCUCGGAGCUGCCUCCACUCCAGCGGCUGUCGCAAGGGCUGGCUUGAGCCGGGGCUUCCCGCUCUCCAGCUGUGAGCCAGCGCGGCCCCCCGGGGCUGGGGCAGCGGCGCCGUCAUGUCGUCCGGCACCAUGAAGUUCAAUGGCUACUUGAGGGUCCGCAUUGGCGAGGCCGUGGGGCUGCAGCCCACCCGCUUGUCCCUGCGCCACUCACUUUUCAAGAAGGGCCACCAGCUGCUGGACCCCUACCUGACGGUGAGCGUGGACCAGGUGCGAGUGGGCCAGACCAGUACCAAGCAGAAGACCAACAAACCUACGUACAACGAGGAGUUCUAUGCCAACGUCACCGACGGCUGCCACCUGGAGCUGGCCGUCUUUCACGAGACGCCCUUAGGCUACGACCACUUCGUGGCCAACUGCACCCUGCAAUUCCAGGAGCUUCUGCGCACGACGGGCUCCUCCGACACCUUCGAGGGCUGGGUGAAUUUGGAGUCAGAGGGGAAAGUAUUUGUGGUAAUAACCUUAACAGGGAGUUUCACUGAAGAACUCUCCAGAGAGACCGAAUCGUCAAACAUUUUACCAGGAAGCACCAGAAGGGCUAUGCGCAGGCGAGUCCACCAGAUCAACGGACACAAGUUUAUGGCCACAUACCUGAGGCAGCCCACAUACUGCUCUCACUGCAGGCAGUUCAUCUGGGGAGUGUUUGGGAAACAGGGUUAUCAAUGCCAAGUGUGCACCUGUGUCGUCCAUAAGCGCUGCCAUCACCUAAUUGUUACAGCCUGUACUUGCCAACACAACAUUAACAAAGUGGAUUCAAAGAUUGCUGAACAGAGGUUUGGAAUCAACAUCCCACACAAGUUCAGCAUCCACAACUACAAAGUGCCAAUGUUCUGUGAUCACUGUGGUUCCCUGCUCUGGGGUAUAAUGCGACAAGGACUCCAAUGCAAAGUAUGUAAAAUGAAUGUUCAUAUUCGAUGUCAAGCCAACGUAGCCCCAAACUGUGGGGUAAACGCCGUGGAGCUAGCCAAGACCGUGGCGCUAGCCAAGACCGUGGCGGGAAUGGGUCUCCAACCUGGAAACAUUUCUCCAACCUCAAAACUCGUUUCCAGAUCAACCCUAAGACGACAGGGAAAGGAAAACACCAAAGAAGGAAAUGGGAUUGGAGUUAAUUCUUCCAACCGACUUGGUAUCGACAACUUCGAAUUCAUCCGUGUGUUGGGGAAGGGGAGUUUUGGGAAGGUGAUGCUUGCCAGAAUAAAAGAAACUGGAGACCUCUAUGCCGUGAAAGUGCUAAAGAAAGACAUGAUCCUCCAGGACGAUGAUGUGGAAUGUACAAUGACUGAGAAAAGGAUCCUGUCCUUGGCCCGCAACCACCCCUUCCUUACCCAGUUGUUCUGCUGCUUUCAGACCCCUGAUCGUCUGUUUUUUGUGAUGGAGUUUGUGAAUGGCGGCGACUUGGUGUUUCACAUUCAGAAGUCUUGUCGUUUUGAUGAAGCACAAGCUCGUUUCUAUGCUGCAGAAAUCAUUUCAGCUCUCAUGUUCCUACACGAGAAGGGAAUCAUCUAUAGAGAUCUGAAACUUGACAAUGUAUUGUUGGACCAUGAGGGCCACUGUAAACUGGCAGACUUCGGAAUGUGCAAGGAAGGGAUCUGUAACAGCGUCACGUUUUGUGGCACACCUGACUAUAUUGCUCCAGAGAUCCUCCAGGAAAUGCUCUACAGGCCUGCGGUGGAUUGGUGGGCCAUGGGUGUGCUACUCUAUGAGAUGCUCUGUGGCCAUGCGCCCUUUGAGGCAGAGAAUGAAGAUGACCUUUUUGAGGCCAUACUGGUUGAUGAAGUGGUCUACCCUACUUGGCUCCACGAAGAUGCCACAGGGAUCCUAAAAUCUUUCAUGACCAAGAACCCCAUCAUGCGCUUGGGCAGCCUGACUCAGGGAGGUGAGCACGCCAUCUUGAGACAUCCUUUCUUUAAGGAAAUCGACUGGGCCCAGCUGAACCAUCGCCAACUAGAACCACCCUUCAGACCCAGAAUCAAAUCCCAAGAAGAUGUCAGUAAUUUCGACCCUGACUUCAUAAAGGAAGAGCCAGUUUUAACCCCAAUUGAUGAGGGACAUCUUCCUAUGAUUAACCAGGAUGAGUUUAGAAACUUUUCCUCUGUGUCUCCAGAGUUGCAACCAUAGCCUUUUGGGGAAUGAGAGAGAUGGUCCCAGAAUCAAAAGGGAAUAGAGAUUUUCCAGGAAUUUCUCUUUGUGGCAUCAGCCUUACAACAAAAAUCUUACCUUCAAGAAGCAAGCAGAGUGGUAGCUUGUCGUAAAAUGUGUGUAGAAAGCAGGUAUUUUAUGAUAAAAUUGUUGUGUAGUGCAUGCUUUGUGUGGAAUUCAGAGGAAAACCCCGAUUCAGUGAUUAACAAUGCCAAAAAAAUGCAACUAACUAGCCAUUGUUCAAAUGACAGUGGUGCUAUUUAUCUUUUGUGGCCUUUUAGACUUUUGUUGCCCUAAAAUUCCAUUUUAUUGGGAACCCAUUUUCCACCUGGUCUUUCUUGACAGGGUUUUUUUCUACUUUAAACAGUUUCUAAAUAAAAUUCUGUAUUUCAA